GUGAUCUCCGCCUUGUGACAUUCCUCUUGUGUAAGGAGCACACAGCCGGCAGAUCCAGCACUCAAAGAUCAUGGGGUCCACGUGGCAGUCAGUGCAGGACUUUUAUGUGUGGGCAUUGGAGAACGGCGACCAGCGCACAGACCCCUGGCUCUUGGUUUACUCCCCUGUCCCUGUCGUUUCUAUCUUCGCAAUCUAUCUGGUGUUUGUGGCCCUUGGGCCACGGCUAAUGGAAAAACGUGAACCGUUCACCCUUCGCUCUGUCCUUCUCAUCUACAACUUGGCACUUGUGGGUCUCUCGGUUUAUAUGUUCUAUGAGUUUCUAGUGACUUCCCUGCUUGCAGGAUACAGCUAUUUGUGUCAACCUGUGGAUUAUUCAGACAGCGAGCUGGGCCUCCGGAUGGCGCGAGUGUGCUGGUGGUUUUACUUUUCCAAGGUGAUUGAGUUGCUGGACACGAUAUUUUUCAUUAUGAGAAAGAAAUUUAACCAGAUCUCAUUCCUCCAUGUUUAUCAUCAUGCAACCAUGAUCUUCAACUGGUGGGCUGGUGUCAAAUAUGUGGCUGGAGGUCAGGCAUUUUUCAUCGGAAUGCUAAACUCAUUCGUUCACAUCUUCAUGUACACAUAUUAUGGUCUUGCUGUUCUUGGGCCGAAGGUGCAGAAAUAUCUGUGGUGGAAGCGCUACCUCACUAUCAUGCAGCUGGCACAGUUUGGUGCUAUCGCCUUGCACUCUGGUUACAAUCUUGUGGCAGACUGUCCAUUUCCUGAUGGAUUCAACACAGCUGUCUUCACCUAUAUCCUCACUCUCAUCAUCUUGUUCCUGAACUUCUACUAUCAGACCUACCUCCGGCGGCCACAUAAGAAGGAGUUGUAAGGAACUGGAUACCAUGGGGAAACAAUGUGUCUAAGGGCUACAGAGGACUGGACACAUCACACACACCAGCGAGAACAUAAAGAGAUUGUUCUAUAUGAAGGGCAUGUUUUAUACACAGAGCAGGAGCCAAGUCUCAUAUACAUGGAGUAUCUUGUAUACUUAUUAUUAAUGUACCUGUGCUGAGUGUGCAAGUCAGAUAGGGAGGAAUCAGAUGUUAUAUUUAUUCAACUCAGGGCAAAAUCACGGUCUGCUCUUACCCAGUAACCACCAUUAAAACCUUGAAAACCUUUAACUCAAACUAGAUUCUUUAUACACAAGACAUGAUAUGAAAUCUUCUGUUAACCAACAACAAAAUACCCCAAACUCAAUUUCUUCAAUCUCUUAGGAAGCUGCUAGCUAAGUGUAGAUUUAUUUUACGAUUAGAAAAUAUAAUUAAAACAGAUCAACUGAUCGAGA